AUGAGUGUGCUGUCUGCGUAUCGCCAUCCCAGCUCCCCCGCUGCCUAUACGCCUCCACCUCCGCCACCAUCAGCGCCCAUCCCGCCGACACCUGGAACACCGCAUGUCGAAGAUAUCGACACAAAGAUCGGCGGAGAGGCCGGUAUGGCAGGAGUUGGUCGGAGAGGUUUCGCAGCUGCCGCUAGAGCCGCCAUGUUCGCCACCAAUAUCACUGGUCAAACAAGUCACAGUCCCAGCUUCGCAACGCCCGGUAUGGAUGGUCGUCGACCGAACGCCCCGAAGUUCCUUGACAUCAGUACAGCGCCGAACGUUUUACAUGCCAACACUCCCCCCCUCUCGCCCAACCCUAGCACACACUCAUCCACGCAUUCACCCCAUUCACCUUACUCGCCGACUUCUUUCCCCUUGGCAACUCCCGGCGGACCCUCGUCUCCAUCGCGUCCUGCAGCUGGCCCUGCCAUUGCUUCGUCCAGAACACCCUCUCCUUCUACACUCUCUCAAAUAGACCGACUGACGCAGACCCCGACGCCCACACCCGCUGACUACGCCAAACAACCGCAGACGCCUACUACGCCAAUGACGCCCUCCGGAUCUAUGAUGCCCUUCUUUGAGAAAUUCAAGAACAAGAUGCCGUUGUCUCCGUCUGUAUCGGGGUUCGGGUUGGAACACAAAGAGACUUCGCGCUCGCCUUCUCCCGACCCCGAGUCUGGCUCGGAGUACUCGGGGAGCGGGCUCGCAUACGCGGACGAGACGGACGAAGAGGAGAGGGGCCUGAUAGCCAGCCCUACGGUCAAGCCGUUGGCUGCGAAGGACAACAACCAGGUCCGUUUCCCGUCGCUCUCCGAGAAGUCGACCGCGAAGCUCGGCUACUCCGGGUCGACGUCGAGCUCCGGCUCGUCGGGCAGGCGGCCGUCGUCGCCGCCAAGAGCGGACAUGCCCAUGCGGAGUAUCUCCGACGCGUCGCGCUCUUCGGCGCGCGCCAGCACGAAGGGCGGCCUGGAGCACGCGAUGGAGACGCUGUUCGAGGACCCGAUGUCGCCGACGACGUCGACGGCGUCGACGUCCUACGCGGUCGCGCCUGGGUUGACGAAGUCGAAUACGACGUCGAACAGAGGGUCGAGCGUGAAUGCAGUGAAGCUGCCCACGCGGAGCCAUACCAGCCCGACGCUGCAUACGCAUGCGCUUGGUGAGAGCAGCAAGAAGAGGGAAAGGAAGACGCGGGUGUGCGUGCGGUGCGAGAGGAGGAUCGAUGAUGGCCGGUGGGUGAGGAUGGAUAUGGGUAAAGUGAUGUGUGAGAGGUGCUGGAAGAACAUGUAUCUACCAAAGUGCCGUCGUUGUAACUUACCGAUUGAGAAACACGCCGUCUCUUCCUCGGAUGGCCAGCUGAAAGGCAAAUAUCACCGUGAAUGCUUUAAUUGCCAUACUUGUCAUAAACCCUUUCCGGACAAGACUUUCUAUGUCUUCGACGGCAAGCCAUUUUGCGCGUAUCAUUACCACGAAGCCAACGACUCGCUCUGCGCGGCAGCCACUUGCGGCCAGCCUAUCGAAGGCCCUUGUGCGGUCUCGCACGCUGGGGACAGGUACCAUCCUGAGCAUCUGCUUUGCGAACAUCCUCGCGGCUGCACGGAGCGUUUGGAGGAAUAUUACGAAGUCGACGGAAGGAUGUUGUGCGAGCGUCAUGCCUUCAUGGGCCAUAGUGAGGAUGACGAGGACGAAGACGACGAGAGAGAGAGGAGGGCCAUGAAGAGAACCACACGCUUUAUAGAUUUAGCCCAAUUGGGUGGCAGCGGACUGCGGUAA